AAUUUAGUAUAAAAACGAUUCCAAAUGUGGCGAAUGACAUCAGUUACAUUUGAGUGUUCUAGUCUAAAACAAAAAUGUUUAAAUACGUCCUUUUAUUCGCCUUGAUUGCCUUCGCAGCUGCUGAUGAUGAUGUCCAUGCUGAAGUGAAAACUCUUACAUCGGAGGUCCGUCACGACGGUUUUGAUUAUGCGUUAGAGACCAGCAACAGCAUUUCACAAAAAGCAUCCGGUGAUGAACAUGGAAACAUUCAUGGUGAAUUCAGCUGGGUUGAUCCCCAUGGUGAACACGUCCAAGUUGCCUAUGUAGCUGAUGAACACGGUUACCAACCAAGUGGACAAUGGAUUCCAACUCCACCACCAAUUCCAGCUGCUAUUGUUAAGGCCAUUGAAUGGAUCAACGCUCAUCCAUCUAAGGACGAUCAUCACUAAUCUAUUCAAAUUACUGAUCUGUCAUACUUGUUUUGAUUUUCACUUAAAGCAAAUGUGAUAUUUUUUAAGAAAUCUCUGUUUUAAUUUUUUUGUAUAUAAAUCUAAUCUCGAUUUUUUUAAUGAACAUAAAAUAAAUAUUUUG